AUGGCUAAUUUCACUAUGAGUGGGUUUCUUCUGAUGGGAUUUUCAGUCAAGCCUGAGCAGGAAAUCAUACUUGCUUCUCUGUUCUUAGUCUUAUACAUGGUGGCACUAACUGGCAAUAUCCUCAUUAUCACUGCAACUUCUGUGGACCUUAGUCUCCAGUCACCCAUGUAUUUCUUCCUGAAACAUCUCUCCUUCCUGGACCUGUGCUACAUUUCUGUGACUUUACCAAGGUACAUUUAUAACUCUUUCUUGCGUAGUGGCUACAUUUCCCUCGGUGAAUGCAUAGUGCAGUGUUUUGCUUUCACUCUAUGUGGCAUUGCUGACCUGUCCAUGCUCACAGUGAUGUCUUAUGAUCGCUACAUGGCCAUUUGCUUUCCACUGCGCUACGAACUCAUCAUGGAUGUCAGCAAAUGUGUCCACAGUGUCUUAGGCGUCUGGAUCAGUGGGGUCAUUUCUGGUGUCAUGCACACAACUGCCACUUUCUCAAUGCACUUCUGUGGCUCCCAUGUCAUUCACCAGUUCUUCUGUGACAUCCCCCAGCUCCUGAAACUCUCAUGUUCUAAUGAGUACAUCAGCGAGGUUGGGGUCAGUGCCUUCUUGGCUGUUCUGGCCUUUCUUUGUGUCUCCUUUAUUGGACUGUCCUACACAAAGAUAUUCUCUACUGUGCUGAAGAUUCCAUCUGCUGAGAGCAGAGCUAAGGCCUUUUCUACUUGCCUUCCCCACCUCACUGUUGUCAUUUUAUUCGUGUCAACUGGAGUCUUUGAGUUUCUCAAACCACCUUCUGACUCUCCUAGUGCACUGGACAUUUUGCUCACUAUUAUGUACACAGUUGUGCCCCCAACAUUCAACCCAAUGAUCUAUAGUCUGAGAAAUCAAGCCAUAAAGGCAGCUGUAAGAAAGGUUUUCCAAAGAAGAAAAACUGACCUGUUUUUUUGA